AUGGCCUCAAACAACUAUACCCAACGAGCAACCCAAAGCUAUGGGGCCUACCCAACUCAGCCUGGGCAGGGCUACUCCCAGCAGAGCAACCAGCCUUAUGGGCAGCAGAGUUAUGGUGGCUACGGCCAGUCUGUGGACACUUCGGGCUAUGGCCAGAGCAGCUACCGUAGUUCGUACGGACAGACCCAGAACAGCUAUGGCACACAGUCAGCUCCCCAAGGAUAUGGCUCAGCUGGUGGCUAUGGCAGUAGCCAGAGUUCUCAGUCAUCUUACAGGCAACAGUCUUCGUACCCUGGCUAUGGCCAGCAGCCAGCUCCUAGCAGCACCUCGGGAAGUUACGGUAGCAGUUCUCAAAGCAGUGGCUAUGGGCAGUCCCAGGGUGGAGGCUGUGGCCAGCAGUCUGGCUAUGGUGGGCAGCAGCAAGGCUAUGGGCAGUGGCAGAGCUAUAACCCGCCUCAGGGCUACGGGCAGCAGAACCAGUGCAGCAGGGGCAGUGGCGGCGGCGGAGGGGGUGGCAGAGGGAGCUAUGGCCAAGAUCAGCCCUCCAUGAGCAGUGGUGGCGGCGGCAGUCGUUAUGGCAACCAGGACCAGGGUGGUGGCUAUGGGGGAGGCCAGCAGGACCGUGGGGGUCAUGGCCGGGGUGGUGGCGCUGGUUACAACCGCAGCAGCGGUGGCUAUGAACCCAGAGGUCGUGGAGGUGGCCAUGGAGGCAGAGGCGGCAUGGGCAGAAGUGACCGUGGUGGCUUCAAUAAAUUUGGUGGCCCUCGGGACCAAGGAUCACGUCAUGCCUCUGAACAGGAUAAUUCAGACAACAACACCGUCUCUGUGCAAGGGCUGGGCGAGCAUGUUACAACUGAGUCUGUAGCUGAUCACUUCAAGCAGAUCGGUAUCAUUAACACAAAUAAGAAAACAGGACAGCCCAUGAUUAAUCUGUACACAGACAAGGAAACAGCCAAGCUGAAGGGAGAGGCCACGGUAUCAUUUGAUGACUCACCUUCCGCCAAAGCAGCUAUUGACUGGUUUGAUGGUAAAGAAUUCUCUGGGAAUCCUAUCAAGGUCUCAUUUGCUACUCGGUGAGCAGACUUCAGUCGGGGUGGUGGCAAUGGUUGUGGAGGCCGAGGGCGAGGAGGACCUAUGGGCCGUGGAGGCUAUGGAGGUGGUGGCAGCGGCAGUGGUGGCCAAGGAGGAUUCCCCAGUGGCGGGGGCGGUGGCGGAGGACAGCAGCGGGCAGGGUACUGGAAGUGUCCUGAUCCCACCUGUGAGAACAUGAACUUCUCUUGGAGGAAUGAAUGUAACCAGUGUAAGGCCCCUAAACCAGAUGGCCCAGGAGGGGGACCAGGAGGCUCGCAUAUGGGGGGUAACUACGGAGACGAUCGUCGUGGUGGCAGAGGAGGCUAUGAUCGGGGUGGCUACUGAGGCCGAGGGGGCGACCGUGGGGGCUUCAGAGGGGGCUGGGGUGGUGGGGACAGAGGUGGUUUCGGCCCUGGCAAAAUGGACUCCAGGGGUGAGCACAGACAGGAUCGCAGGGAGAGGCCGUACUACCCUGGCUCCUGA